UUAUUCAUUUGAUGAUGACUAAGGACAGGGGAGCUGUCUCAGACCUCUCCUAUCCUUGGACAGCUGAGCCCAAUAUAGCCCUGGUGGAGGCCAGAACAGCUCUGAGGGAUGCUAUAAUUGUGACACUACUGCCUGCUUUAGGCUAUUAUGCUCCCAGGGGAUAGUGACUGGUGUUAGAAAGCCCUAGCUAAGCUAUUCUCUGUCUCUCCUUCCUGCCCCCAGCAUGCUGCUAGUGCCAGGGGCAAUGCGUGGGUUGGCACAGAACUGUCUACACUGGCUCCCUACUUAUCCCCCUUGCCUGGGAGGAGGGCACAGGUUUGCAGCUGCAUUGUCUCUUCAUUCACACAGGCUCCCCUAGCUUAGACCAUCUGCACGGCAAAAAUUAAUUCCCCCUCGGCUCCCUUCCUCCUCUGGGCUCUCAUCGCCUUCCUCCUCUGUGCUCUGCUAUCACAGCAGCAAGUGAAGUGAAACACGCUUCCCCUGGAAGUUUGUGCAAAGGUAUAAUCCAUCUGCUAUCCCAGGCACCAAAAGCCAAAGCAAAACUACCAUGCAACAUUGUUGAGCCCAGCUGGUCAGGAUUGCCCCGUCUUUCUUAACAGUGAUGUGAAAAUGCAGGACUCUCAGUCUAAAAUAGCAUACCACAAGAGGCCAUCCAUUAGGGAGAAGGCUUUUUUUUUGUAAAAUGAAGGGUAUGGAACAAGGCACACAGGCUGAGAUGCUAAAUUUAGCUCUGAACAUGUGCCAAGUAAGGACCGUUUUAGAGGGAAGGACACAUUUGCACCCUGUCUUGGGUAAGCAUGACUGUGAUCAUAUAUAUGGAUUUAGGUCAUUUGUUGCUAGCUUCCUUUGGAGUUUGAGGAAAGUGUCUCAGAGGUAUUUAGGCAUCCAGUUCCUGUUGCUCUCACUGGAGUUGUGCUAUUUAUGCCUUUAGCCCUUCAGGGCUGUCCAGGCCACAAAUCUGUGUGCUGCAAGGAUGUGCACAAUGGGGAAUGAUGAAAUGAAUAGCUCAGCUCCCUACAGCAGGAGCAGGCUAGCUCCCUCCCCCUGCCUGCCCACCUUUUGGGUGCUGACCACUCAGAAGCAGGAACGCACCAUGCCAUGGGAGGAAAUAAAACACCUGACAGCAUCAGGGCGUAUUACCUGAACGGCUACUUAAACAUAAACUGUUGCUGGCAGAGCUGCAGGGGAGCACCGAUCUCUCUGUGCCUUUGCUGCCAAUUCCAGCAAAAGACAGGCUCUUUGCUUCUUUAACCUGCAAAAAAUAAAGAACAAAGGAGUCUGUAAAAGGCCAUGUAUUUGCCCAAUCCUUCCUCUGUCCCCGGUGCUCUAUGCUAUUUCAAUUCCCUGACAGUGUAAAUCCUCACUUACCUCCCUCCCUCUCUCCCUCUAUCCCACUCUCCCUCCCCCCUGCACGAGUCUGCUGCUAUCUGAUCUAUGAUGAUAUGUGAUCUCUUGGAUACAACCACACACACAAGUACCAGGCAUUGCUACUCAGCUGAGCAAAAUGUCUUUCUCCUAGCAGUGGUGCUUAUCCUCAUAGAUUUCAGAUCCUUGACGAUGUGGCCAUGCUGUCUCUUCUUCCUUCUGCCACCUCCUCUCUUUGUCUGCCUGCUCUUCUUACCCCUGGGGCACUUCUGCCCUCCUGUGUGUACCUGUAUGGACUACCACACUAUCGACUGCAGAGAUCAAGGACUCCCCAGGGUCCCUAGCCCGUUUCCCCUGGAUGUACGGAAACUUCUCAUAGCUGAUAACAACAUUCAGGAUAUACCGUCUGAUUUCUUUAUCUUUUAUGGAGAUCUGGUCUACUUGGACUUCAGCAAUAAUUCCAUCACCUCCAUAGAAGAGGGGACUUUCAGCAGCUCCACAAAGCUGGUUUUUUUAGACUUAAGCUACAAUAAUUUAACGCAGCUCAAUGCCGGGAUAUUCAGGUCGGCAGAAAAGCUGAUCAAGUUAAACCUCGGGAACAAUAAUCUGGUGGAUGUUGAUGAGGCUGCUUUUGAGAACCUGGAGCAGCUCCAAGUGCUAGAACUGAAUGACAAUAACUUGCAGACCCUCAGCGUGGCUGCCCUGGAAGCUCUUCCAUCUCUUCGGAUUAUACGCCUGGAGGGCAACCCUUGGAUCUGCGACUGUGACUUUGCCAACCUCUUCAGCUGGAUACAGGAGAAUGCAUCCAAGCUUCAGAAAGGUCUCCAUGAAAUCCAGUGUUCCCUGCCUGUGGAAAAUAGAAGAAUCUUUCUGAAUGAAUUAUCUGAUGUUAGCUUCAGUGAAUGCAAAUUUAAUUUAUCAUUAACAGACCUUUUUAUCAUCAUUUUCUCUGGAGUUGCAGUCUCCAUUGCUGCUAUUCUAUCAAGCUUCUUCUUGGCAGCAUUGGUGCAUUGCUUCCAAAGAUGUGCUCCUAAUAAAGAGGGUGAGGAAGAAGACGAUGAAGAAAGUGAGGGCUGAACGUUGUCUAUGUUCUCUUUAUGUUAAUAAUGGGAAAAUAAAAGAAAUAAGAAGAAAUGGAAGUGCUUUAAAUAUGUGAACUAAAUCCAACAAAUUAAUAAUGGCCCAACCAAGUCAAUGGCGGAAACCACAAAGCACUUCUGAGAACAUUGCGGCUGGACUUCCCUUUCUAACCAAGAGACCAUGAAACUGGACAUUUCAGUGAUGUUUACUCAGUCUUUGCAUUCAAAGUUGAAGGGAAGAGGACAUGGAAGGGAUGUGGAGAGAAGUUGUGUGUUUUAAGAAAAACUAACUUCUGACAGCCUUUAGGUUGCCUUCUUGAAUGGCUAUAAGUGCUUACUAGCUUGUUGUAACUACACUCCAGAAAGGAUCCACUUUAUUGCAGGGCUUUGAGUUGGAAAUACAAAAGCAAUCAUAUAUCUUCCUCACUAGGACUAGGUAAAAGGGAGAUUCUGGUAAACUCUUCAACUUAUAGAAUGACAAAGUUCAGUCAAAAUAGUCCAUAGCUCUUGACAGAGUAGUACCAGAAGGCUAGCAUUUUCUGGAUAUAAAUAUCCACCCUUCAGCCAAUGACACUGAUUUUGGGCUUCACUGAAGCAAAUAAAUGUUUUACGUAAGCCAAUAUUGUUCUAGGUCUUAACGACAAAGGGAACCUCUCGAUCACUGGCUGCUGCAGAGCAGCUACCCACCCAGUACAUUUGGCCAUGUACAAUUACAAAUGAUAACGUUCUUCUGUGCUUUUUGAUGCAAUGAGGCAAAGACAAUCCUUAUUUACUAAUGCUGGAUCUCAGUAUCUUUAUUCUACCAUAUCAUUCAAGUCCCAGGACAAUGCUGGCUUUCAUUACUCACCUGAAUAACUUGACUACUAUAAACAGGGGGUCACUCCAACUAGAAUUGCAACUGGAAUAGUAGUGCAUUGAAAUACUCCGGUGCUUUCAUUGUGCUUCUGCAUAACCAGAAUUUCAUGAUACCCAUGUUCGUUACAAAGAGACACAAGGAUGAAGCAAAACCUGGGAAUUGCACAGCCCCAAACAUGGAGAGCUGCUUUGCAUUUCAAAAAUUGGUCCCUUCUCCUGAACUAAAAAGCCCCAGUCUCUAUGGAGUUGGCAAUCUGGGUUGAUCUGAGUCUGAAUUAUGGAGCUCAAUGCAUGCCUCAUUACAAGUGGGUUUGAAGUAUGAGUAUAAGCAUGUCCCAUUAGGAAAUACAAAAAGAGCAAUUAAAAUAUUCAUACUUAAUACUGUGGUUUGCUUUCAGAAAGUAGAGGAGGAAAAAUAGGAUCUGUCUUGAAUACACACAUUAUUAGAGAGUUUGCCCUUGAAUAUAUACAUUAUUGGAGAUGAUGCCAAGUGUAAAAUUUUCUCUGGAUCAUUUUUCAGCCUAAAAUCCCUGAGUCGGGAUGUGCUGAAGCCUUAUUCACAUUACUAGAAUUUAAUGAUAUGUUUUUAGAUAAGCGCCUGCUUACCUACUGCCCUGAAUAAGAUUGCUUUAAUGAACAGGGAGCAAGAAUAUACUCAUAUCUGGGGUUUCUCUUGUCCAUCCCUAUUAUAAAGCAAUGAUUCUAUCAGCCUUUUCACUGGAUAUAGGAUCACAUUUUGUUUCUGUAAAGCAGAGAUUGCCAUGGAGUUUGUUCAGCCAAAUGGGUUCACGUUUCUCAAAGGAUCUACUUCAAAUAAUUUGUUCUCUGACUAAUUAGUAUUAAAUAAAUUAUGAAAAAAAUGCCUUACAUGGAUCUGGGGUUAGAUAUGAGGAGAGCUUUCCCACUGUGGCAAGAUAACAUAAUCAGUUAUGAAUGUUGGCCAACCAGAUCCUUCAAGCUGAUCCAUGUGGACCCCUCCUCAUUUACUUCACCCAGGCUUAAAGACUUACCUGCAGAAUCAGGGUAUGAAUCAUUUUGAAAUACUAAGGGCUAUAUUUUGCUCAAUCACUGUGGUAUAAAUCCAGAGUGAUGACAAUUGAAGUCGGUGGUGUUCUCUUAAUGAACAACAAUGAAGCAAGAGUAGAAUCUGGCCCUCAAAUCUACAAUUCUGGCUGUAUUGUAGUUCUUGUCAAAACUUGAUUUUAUCUACAGGAGGGUAGACAUUUUUGUUAAAAAAAAAAAAGAAAAAAAAGAAAAUGAACAUUUGUUACAAGAGCUUUUGGAAUGGUGCCGGACAGCUUUUUAGGACAAGUUUAUUUUUAACAAAUUUGUAAAGGAAAUAUUUUUUUUAAAAACAUACAUAUUGAAAAUAGUAUUUAGAAAAGCCAUGAAGGCUGAAAAUAAUAAUAAACGAACAAGAAAAACACAGCCUAAAGACUAUAUUCUAUUGCAGAACAAUCGGAUCUGACAAGAAGUAGCGUCUGUUUAACUGCUGAAAAUUGGUAUUAUUUCUAUAAAGCUUUUCCUUUUCCUUUUCCUUUUGUUUUCUAUGAUUUUGCCUUGUACAGUUAAUGUGAACUGACUUGUAUGGCAAUCACCCCAAACCUUUUGUAUCUAAAUAGUGUGCUAGUGCUCACGUAGAUGAAAUUGGAAUUGUAUUUGCCUAUUAGAGGGGUAGCAUGGUCUGGUGGAUAGGGUGCAAGAUAAGGACUCAUUCUUUGCUGGUGACCAGCUGUGUGACCUUUGGCAAGUCACUUCACCUCUCUGUGCCACAGUUUCCUUGUCUGUAAAAUGGGGAUCUCAAUACUUAGCUGCCUUUUUAAAAGUGCUUUGAGAUCUAUGGGUGAAACGCAUUGUAUUGGGGUCAUGUAUUCUCAUUGCAUAAGGUAGGCUGGGGCACAAAAUAUACAAUAGAUCUCAUACUGAUCUCACAUCAGUCUAACUCCAUUGAUGUCAGAGGACAGACCCCCCUCAUUUACACCAUGCUGAGAUCAAAACCAGGCUCAGUGUUUUUCACUCCUUCUUAUCUUUCCAGCUUUUUCAAGUUGUUGUGAUGCUACAGUCACUGUCAGAAGAUUAUUUUUUCCAGAAAUACAUUGCAACAAAAUUAGGCAGUACAGGAGAAGGAUAUGCUACAUCCGUGCUGGCUUAUUCUAUUCUUGUUCUUUUAAGAAAAUGAAUUGACAUGAUUUUCAAUAUGUAGUGCCAUGGUUACAAAUAACACCAAUAUAUUUCUAUUA